UUUGUUCCUUGUUGUUUUGUUCUUUGGGGCAUCUCUUUUGCCUCGAGCACUUUCACGCAGUGUGUGUGCCCAACGGCAGUUCCAAAAGCGCCCCUCACUCACUCAGUCUCGCCGCGAUGUCGGACGACGAGGCAGAUCCCGAGCUUCUGGCCCUCCUGCGGCAGCACCUCCAGGGGAAGCUGACACUCAGCGAGGACCCCGAGACGGGAGUUCUGGAGAGUGCCGAGUAUGUCUGCGACAACUCAAUCGACGUCGCGCUGGACAUGCGGUCGUGCAAGAAUGCCGCCGCCGCCAUCUACGCCCAGAUGCAGCAGCAGGAGUACUCGGCCGCUAAGUGGUCUGCCCACGAGCUGCACCCGAAAGCCAAGGACGAGGCCACCGUCGCUUUCAUUUUCACCAUGGACCUGCUCAACUUUUCUUUUUGGUCCGAGAAGCCCGAAGCCGACCGGUUCGCUUUGUCUUACCGCGACAAACGAUGGACCGGGUACUGGAGUUUGGUAGCUGCCCUGCAGAGGGCCUUGGAUGAAGGAAUUCCCAUCACGGACUCACAUUUUUGGCAAGACGAAGAGGAGUGCACCUUGGAUGUUUUGAAGCAUGUCUUCAGAUCUAGCACAGAUGAAGAGAUGCCGCUGCUGAAGGAACGGCUUGCCUGUCUGCGUGAAGCUGGCACCGUUCUCUAUCAAAAAUACAAAUGCCACCCCGUGAACCUGAUAUCCGAAGCGAAUGGCUCGGCUGCUGCUCUUGUCAACCUGCUAGCUCGUGACUUUGGAUGCUUCCGGGACGAGCAUCGGUUCGAGGGGCGGCGCAAGCCGAUUCGCUUCCUCAAACGGGCCCAGAUUCUGGUUGCCGAUCUUUGGGCGUGCUUCGAGGGCGCCGGCUACGGCGCCUUCCAGGACAUUGAUAAGAUUACCAUGUUCGCCGACUACCGGGUGCCGCAAAUUCUCAAUAGCAUGGGGUGUCUGGCCUACAGCCCUCCUUUGGACGCAGCUGUCAGAGCCAAGCGAGAGAUCCCCCAAGGACAAAGCUGGGAAAUGCAACUAAGAGCCUGCAGUAUAUGGUGUGUGGAGUUGAUCCGGAGGGAGAUUCUGAAGCAGCACCCCGGCACAACGAUCAACGCUGUGCUUAUCGACUUCUUUCUGUAUGACACAAUGAAGAAGAUGGAACUGGAAGGGCUGGAGAGCAUCCCGCACCACCGAACACGGAGUAUUUGGUACUAAGGCAAGACGCAAAUCUGUCGACUUUCGUUAAUUCAUAGGUAUACUGGUCCUUUGCUUCUAAACUGUUCGCUUGCAUGCCUUCCAGACAUGUCAUGGGUGCCCAGGGCUUAGCGAAACGAAGAAAAGCACGAAGCCAAGCGGCGGUAAUCCGAUUUCAGAGCCCAGGCCCACCAACCCAACGCUGAACAAACGCCUAAAAUCCCUGCAGAAAAUUAUCGUACAUCAUAGA